CUUCUAGGUUGCUACCAUAACUCUUUUCCAAAUUUGAAAUAUGGAUGGAUAGAUCUAAAUUCACCGACUUUCCGGUACGCUUCCACUGGCUCUGUGUUUCUCUCUCAACUGGACUCUCAAAUCGUUCUACAAAAUAAAACAUGCUCUGAUUGUUGUCGUUCGUAUCUAAACUUACGCGACCCCAGGCGUAAGAUAGGGAAUGGAGGCGCCCUCCUUUGUCUCCAAAGCGAGGACUGCCUUCCAUUCUGCGGCUGCGAAAGCGGAGCGAGUUUUCUCUGAGUUGAAACCCGAUCGAGAUUCUGACAAACAAUCCCCAAGUAAUUUGACAAAGCAAUCGGAGGAUGAAUCUCCAAACAACGAGCGCGAAUUGAAGGUAUGCAAUGAACCAAAGCAUUUGAGGUGGAGACCUGCACAGGUAGGGACAAAACAGGAUUGGCAGGACAGAUUCAGAAACAUUAAAUUUGGGAGGAAGGGCGUUGAAGAUACUGAAAUAGUCGAGAAUUCAGCCAUGGCCGUUCCAUUUUAUGAUGAAAAUCUGUACCUGCUGAACAUGAAAAAUGAUCUUGAAGCUAAGAGCUUAGAAGCGAUACCCUCGGUAGAAUGUUUUGUUGUUGCCAGCACAGGGACCAUUCCUCCAUCUUCUGUCAUGAAGCAAUUGGCUAUAGCUGUUGAGGCUGGAAAGAAGUUUAAGUCAUUGAAAGACUGCCUGGCAUCAUCUGGUGGAUCUUCACCGGUCAGGGAGAGAGCUGGCCUCAGUCUCUCUGCAAUGAAGUCACUAGUGCUUCGUGAAAAGGAGGACAAGAUUACAUUUGGAUCUGGUGAUAAUGAGAAAAUUCUGUCUUUGAUUAAUUCACUGUUUGAUGAAGAGGGAAAAUUUCUCAGGAGGAAGAUCAGCGCUGGUUCCGAUGCAUCCACAAUAACAUCUUUGCCAAGAGAUAUUCACGGUGCUCCUUCUGAAAGCCUUGUUGUUAAGCUAGCGGAAGUCAUCGGAAGCUUUAGAAGCCUGCGGAAAAUGGCACUGUUUUGGAGCAGGGUUUCUGACAAACUGAGAACACUUUGGUCUGAAGGGCAGUAUGUGCCUGGGAUCCCUCUGGAUGAGAUUCCGGAUCUGAAUUCCUGUCUAUUGUAUCAGCAGUUGCAAGUUAUCAAUUGCUGUGUUUCCCGGAAAAGGCGUCGUGCUAUUGCCACCGACUCAUUAGACUAUGUCAUGAGGGAGGCCAAUUCAAAUACUACAGAUUCAGAUUAUUCUAAAGACAUUAUUCCUGCAAGCCCUAUUUUGUAUGCUAGACUAACCACUGGUGAGCUUGCUCUUCGACUAGGUGCUGAUCGUCCAUUCAGCAACCUAAAAAUGUUGGAAACAGGCGAACCUGUGUACUCCCCAGUGAGCCAGGAAGGACCUUUGCUUACAGAAGAUCUCAUCAAAGAAACAGAGGAACUUGUGCUUCGAACAGGGAGUGUUGGUGCUGGUUGUUCUCAACUCCUCUCUGACAUGCAGGCUUUCAAGGCUGCAAAUCCUGGUUGUAUUUUGGAAGAUUUUGUAAGAUGGCACUCCCCUCCUGAUUGGACAGAAACUGAGCCAAUUACAGAGAUUAAAGAUGCUUUUGAUAGUGUUGACUUAUCUUCAACAAGAGGCCACCUUAGUAGUCGAAUGCAAAAAGAAGGUAAUUUGUGGCUUGAACUCUGGGAAACAGCCAAAGCAGUACCAGCUGCCAAACAAACACCCCUCUUUGAUGAGGAUUUGGCAGUGGAAGGUAUACUGAACUUUUUGGAGGACAUGCCGCCCUCUGAGCUUUUUGAGCAACUUUUUGUUUCUUUACUUGGUUUAGGAUUUGUUAAUGCCGAGGCUAUUCUGUGCACCAACAACAAUUUGUCAAGCCUGUUCCAUGAGUGCAAAGAAUACGUGGUUGCAACUUGUCCAGGCAGGAUGGGUGAGAAAGUUGAUGAUCUUUGCCAGGUAUAUGAAACAGUGGAAACAAUGUUACUCAAUCCAGACGAAGUCCUAACAACAAUGAAGCAACCAGAAGAAACAAUGGCCCCUGCUGCUGGUGAAACAAAACGUCGAUUUAAGAGGCUUGGCUUCAACUUUGUUGGCAAGGAUAGACUCUUGAGAAAACCAGCUUCAGAUGACCAGAAGGCCACAGAAGAGAACCCAAGUCGCCAGCCAUUCUCAAGUUUCUUUGAUAGCAAGUCAUCUCUAUUUUCUAAGAAGCCUCCAAAGCCAGAAACAGCCCCUGCCGAAAAACCUUCGUGUCCAGUUGAAAAUGGUUGGACAAUUGUUUAGACUUUUUUUUUUUUUUUUAAUUUCCUUAGUUCAGGAUAAGCAACAUGGUUGCUAUUGCAGGUAAUUGUAAAUUAUUUUUAGAAUCCUGCUAUUGUAGAUUCAUUCGAUCUGAACAUUUGAGAGAAUUUCUUGUUUCAUGACCGUAGGAAUGAGAAAAUAGAAUGGUUUUUGGUGUC